AUGGCCGUCACGUCCCUGCGCCUGCAGCGCCUCGCGUCUCGCCUCGGCUACCCGCGGCGCCCGGCGUCCAGCCUCACGAAGAUCGUGGCGACCAUCGGCCCCGCGUCCGAGGACCUCGAGCCCCUGAAGGCCUGCGUCGCCAGCGGCUUCGAGGUCAUGCGCCUCAACUUCAGCCACGCCACGGAGGAGGAGUUCUUCCGGCGCGUGCACAAUUUGGCCAAGUGCGACGGCGGCCACAAGGUCGCGACGCUCCUCGACACGCGCGGCCCCGAGGUGCGCCUCGGCGGGCUCAAGGUCUGCAAGGAGUCGGGCGACCGCAAGGCCAAGGUCGCCCUCGAGGCCGGGUCGACGCUGUUGCUCACGGGCGACGCCGCCUUCGACGGCGCCGGCGACGCGACCACGAUGUACGUCAACUACCCGGGGCUGGACAAAGUCGUCGAGGUCGGCGACAGCGUGCUCCUCGACGACGGCCUCGUCAUCCUCGAGGUCGCGUCCGCGGACGCGAGCGGCGUCACGUGCACGGUGACGAACAGCAACGCCAUCGGCGAGCGCAAGGGCGUCAACAUCCCCGGCGCGCCGUUAGGGCUGCCGCCGCUGAGCGACAAGGACCAGGCCGACGUCGCGUUCGGCGUGGCCAACGGCAUCGACUUCGUCGCCGCGUCGUUCAUCGGCGACGCGGCGGGCGUCGAGGCCGUGCGCGCCUUCGUCGACGCCGAGGUCGCCAAGCACCCGGACCUCUACCCGGACGGCGACAAAGUGUUGAUCGUCUCCAAGGUCGAGAGCCUCGGCGCGUUGGACGAGCUCGACGGCAUCGUCGACGCGUCCGACGGCGUCAUGGUCGCGCGCGGCGACCUGGGCGUCGAGGUGCCCAUCGCGUCCGUCGCGACGUGGCAGAAGACCAUCGUCGGCCUCUGCCGCGCCGCGGGCAAGCCCGUAAUUGUGGCCACCCAAAUGCUCGAGAGCAUGCAGAAGAACCCGCGGCCGACGCGCGCCGAGGUCGCGGACGUCACGAACGCGGCCCUCGAGCUCGCCGACGCCGUCAUGCUCUCCGGCGAGAGCGCCAACGGCGACUACCCGGCGCUCGCGCUGAAGACGCAGCGCGACAUCCUCCAAGCCGCGGAGGCGUGGGACGACGAGCUCUACGACGCGGGCUGGGCCGGCGUCGAGCCGGCCCUCGCGCUGCCCCUCGCCGCCGUCCACGCGCAGCGCGCGGCCGGGGCCGCGGCGCUGGCCGUCGUCGAGGACGCGGGCGGCGCGCGGACGCGCGGCGUGGCGCAGUGCGCGCCCGACGUGCCCGUCGUCGCGCUCGCGGCGUCGGCGCGCGUCGCGCGCCAGCUCGCGCUGAGCCGCGGCGUCGCGCCCGUCCACGCGCCCGGAGCCGCGGACCUCGACGCCGCGGCCGCCGCGGCCGCCGCGCGCGCGGAGCUCGGCCUCGCCGCGGACGCGGCCGUCGUCGUCUACGCGGGCGACGCCGUCUCCCUCCUCUAA